AUGACCCGUUGCCUUGCAACUGAGCAUUUGCCCGAUUACCUUGAAAGAGUCAAAUUUACCAUGACCAAGUUCAAGCGCAAUGCACAAUCACAACCAAAGCAUGGGCCAAAGUCGGACAGCGGUGCAUCCAAGGCACCAGUUGCAGCACCGGUCCGCCGUCCGGGUUGGACUGGACCAAGCUACAUACGGAAACCCGCCAAGCAGACGCCUGCAGCAGUCAAGGAUACCAGCUUGACAGAAAAGAUCCAGAGUCUGUUUGUCAAACAUCAACAGCUUAUUCUUGACACAAUUAGAACCACGUUUCCUGCCGCCGAUGAAUUCAAUGCAUUGAUACCAGUAUUACGUGCGGUCAAGGAAGCCCUCGACCAAAAGGACUACUGCACGGCAUUCGGGACCGAGGACUUCCUGGAGGCAUUUACAAUCCGUUGGAGUCCUAGUAGAGCUCUGACGAGUGCAAAUGUACUAGCUUGGAUUUGCAGCGAGAUGGGAGAGGCUGCAUGGGUCCAACAGUUCCUUCACAAUGAUGGGCAAAAACCAUCCAAGAUCAGCAAACUCGACGAAUGCCCCCGGCCAAAGUCAUCUUCUCCUGAUGCGAUAAAGACGGACUUUGUUUCUAUCGCUUCCUCACACCUCGACCCUGAUUACAACGACAGUGCCAUGGUUGAUCUCAACCUCAUUGAUAGGCACGAUUGGUCAGGGAUUGUCACAAAACUACAACACACUCUUACACAUUCUCCUCCUCUUUCGAAAUAUGCGACUGCCAAGGCGCACGCUUCAAAUAUCCCAGCCAUCCCAUCUCACGUCUUGAAUCUAGCAGUCAACCAGAUCGACAUUCUCGAGAGCGAAAGUACCGAUCUGCGUGCGAUGAUUGGGCCGAACCCGGCAUUAAUUACCCUCUUCUUUACGCUCCACGAGUUCUACUCAAUCUCAAUUGCUAAAACCACAGCUUUCUUAUUGAGACUGACUUUGACAGCACCCAAAGGGAGUCUAUUGCUUAUUGUAGAUAGCCCGGGAGCUGAUGCCGCGCUGCCUGAUGGUAGCAACAAAGGAGAAGAAAAGGAAUACCCACUCGAGUGGCUACUUUACCGGGCUCUGCUGCCGCCCAAGAGCAGUCCUUGCAAUAGCACAAACUCAGAGGAGGAGGAACAGCCAGCAUGGGCGAAACUCAUCAAAGGUGGCCAUGAAAAGGAGUACAAGUUACCUGCAGCACUGAGAUUCCCAGGAAGCCUAGAGAAUACCAGGCUCCAGGUGCACCUACUAGAGCGUUUAUAA